AUUCUGAAACAGUAUGGCAAAUUCCUUUUCAAGUAAUUUCCUAAGUAUGUUGUUGUUCAGUAUGAUGUUUGCAUUAUUUUUAGGUUAUAUCAGCUAAUGGAAAUUUACUGCUAUUGAUUUUCAGGGAACUGUCAAAGGACGUUUCUAACUUUGGAUCUAAUUGGAAGAGAUACACCAUGCUGGUUUCUCUUAGUGGUCAUCUUUUCGACCAGUUUCUGAUUAAUGAGGCCUUGGAUAUUAUUGAAGCUGCUGGUGGCUCCUUUCAUCUAGUCAAGUGUCAAGUGGGUCAAUGUACAGACUCUAUGUCUUACUCAGAACUUGUAGUUGGUGCAGAUAAUAGUGUGGUCCUUGAUAAAAUAGUUGAUACUUUGACAUCCAUAGCAAAUCCAAAGGAAGAUCAUGGAGUUCCCAAAGGGAAAACAAAUUCAUUUGCACUGAAAGUUGGCAAAGUGAAGGAUAGUUGUGUCAAGUUGGGAUAUGAUUCCAAAAAGAAGAAUGUGGUUCUUGUAAUAGGCGCAGGACGGGUUUGUCAACCUGCUGUUGAACUUUUGGCAUCAAUUGGAAGCAAUUCAUCUCCCGAAUGGAUAAAAUCAUGUAGGAUAGCUGAAUUUGAGGAGCAGAACUAUGUUCAAGUUAUAGUUGCAUCUCUUUUUCUGAAGGAUGUAGAGGAGAUUAUUGAAGGUAUUCCAAAUGCAACAGCACUUCAGCUGGAUGUCAUGGAUCAUGAUAGUCUCUAUAAGUGCAUCUCCCAGGUCGAUAUUGUUAUCAGUCUUUUGCCUGCAAGUUUUCAUUGUACCAUAGCUAAUGUCUGCAUUGAGCUUAAAAAGCAUCUUGUCACUGCUAGCUAUAUUGAUGAUACAAUGAGCAAGCUACAUGAAGCAACCAAAGAUUGUAGCAUUACCAUUCUUGGUGAAAUGGGCUUGGAUCCUGGAAUAGAUCAUAUGAUGGCAAUGAAGAUGAUCAACCAAGCGCAUGCCCGAGGUGGGAAAAUCAAGUCUUUUGUAUCCAACUGUGGGGGUAUUCCUUCUCCGUCAGCAGCAAAUAACCCAUUAGCUUAUAAGUUCAGCUGGAAUCCAGCAGGCGCUAUACGAUCUGGGCGCAAUCCUGCCACUUACAAACAAGCAGGAGGAAUUGUACAUGUUGAUGGGGAUAAUAUAUAUGCUUCAGCCACAAAAUUUCGGAUACAUGAUUUUCCGGCUUUUGCACUGGAGGUCCUACCCAAUCGCAACUCCUUAAUUUAUGCAGAUAUCUAUGGUAUAAUAAAUGAAGCAUCGACCAUCUUUCGUGGCACUCUUCGUUAUGAAGGGUUUGGUGAAAUAAUGGGUUCACUGGCAAGAAUUGGUUUCUUUGAUAGUGAAGUUCGUUUGAUCCUCAGAAAUAAAGAUAGGCCUACAUAUAGAACAUUUCUAUAUGAACUUUUAAAGAUUCAAAGCAGGACCUCUGAUGAACCGGUGAAGGCAGAGAAGCUUAUCACAGAUAGGCUACUAGCACUUGGAAUCUGCAAAGAGGAUGGAGCUGCAACCAGGACAGCUAAAGCAAUUUUAUUUUUGGGAUUUAACGAGCCAACAGAGGUACCUUCAUCAUGCCAAAGUGCAUUUGAUGUGACUUGCCUCCGCAUGGAAGAAAGAUUAGCCUACACUAGCACUGAACAGGACAUGGUUCUUUUGCAUCAUGAAGUAGUGGUAGAUUUCCCAAAUGGUCGCCCUACUGAAAACCAUCAGUCUACCUUAUUGGAAUUUGGGAGGACCAGGAACGGGAAAGCAAUCAGUGGCAUGGCCCUCACUGUUGGGAUUCCUGUAGCAAUUGGAGCUCUGCUUCUACUUGCAAAAAAGAUUACACGUACUGGUGUCUUACGACCUAUCGAUCCAGAAGUUUAUGAGCCUGGUAAUUUUUUGUGGUUACAGUUCUGCUUUGGGUUAUAA